CAGGCUUUAGCCGUCAGUUCAUACCCGGGAAAACUACGUCGUUUUGGCAUUGAAAACGGCGUCUUAGUGCCUGCCGGAACUUCAGCAAGAAUGUUCGAGGUCAGCGGAGACUACGAGUGGAAGCCUAUUGAAAUAAGAGCCAUUGAAGCCUUAGGUUGCGGGUUCGAUUUCGCCAGUGAUUCCAGACUCAAGUAUGUGAAAAGGUGUCCUGAUAGUAGAUUGGUUGUUCUGGAUGAGAAGAAUAAACGGGAUAUGGUAAUUCCGGUCAGUGGCGGCGGCGGCAGCGGAAGUAACGGCGCCGGCGUGGUGGUUCCGAAUGUGUCCGAGAGUAUAAGAUGUGAUAAAGGAGAGCAUACUCGAUUUAAGUCCGACGUCCUCGAAUUUAAUCAGAUGUCGGAGUUGCUGAAUCAGAAGUCAUCCGUACAGGGGAAAGUUCCAUCAGGAUAUUUGAAUGCAUUAUUUGAUUUAAGUGGAGCAUGGAUGAAUGAUGCUGCAGAUGUUAAACAUCUUGCUUUUGAUGGUUAUUUCAUCUCAUUGUACUAUCUUCACCUCACAGCAUCUCCAUUGGUGCUCCACGAGAAAGUAAAAAAAGCUGUGCCAUCUCAUUGGGAUCCUGCCAAACUCUCUAGGUUCAUUCAAACUUAUGGAACGCAUAUAGUGGUAGGGAUGGCUGUUGGAGGCCAGGAUGUAAUUUGUGUAAAGCAGAAACCAUCCUCAACCAUUCCUCCUUCUGAACUUAAAGGGUGUUUGGAGGAUCUCGGAGAUAUACUGUUUUCUGAUGGAAUGAAUCCUCUACAGGAGCGGAAGACAAAGGAUGGGAAAAAGAAGAUCCCUGAGGUAUUUAACCGCAUGUUGCAGUCACAUACCAUGCAAUUUACAAGCAUUACCGAAGCGUCAAGCAAGGAUGGGCUCACACUUAUAUGGUCAAAAAGGGGAGGAGAUGUGUUUGCCCAAAGCCACUCCAAGUGGCUUCAGACGGUGGCCAUCAACCCAGAGGCCACACUUUUCAAACUUGUGCCUAUUACUUCUUUACUUACUGGAAUUCCAGGAAGUGGCUAUCUUAGUCAUGCGAUAAAUUUGUAUCUACGAUACAAGCCUGCUUUGGACGAUCUACAAUACUUCUUGGAAUUUCAAGUUCCCAGGCAGUGGUCACCUCUUUACUGUGAGCUUCCUUUGAGACAUCAGAUACGAAAAGCUUCUUGCCCAAAAUUGCAGUUUAGUUUCUUAGGUCCGAAGCUUCAUGUUAGCUCCAGUCAGGUUUCCAGCAGUAAAAAACCAGUUAUUGGCUUGCGGCUUUAUCUAGAAGGUAAACAAUGCAACCGAUUGGCAAUACAUGUGCAGCAUCUUUCAAGUCUCCCCAACAUUAUGGCAUCUGCUUCAGCUGACGCUAGCAUAACCAAGCCUUGUCAGUGGCGAGGUUCGGAUGACUAUGAAUCUAGUCUGCAAUUCUUAGAACCAGUCAGAUGGAAGAGGUUUUCAAAUGUGUGCUCCUCUGUUGUAAAGCAUGAUCCAGGAUGGAUAAAUGGAGAAUCAAGUGGUGUUUUUAUAGUAACAGGUGCACAACUUAUCAGCAAAGGAAAUUGGCCAAGAACUGUUCUUCACCUUCGCUUGCUUUACACUCACAUACCGAACUGCUUUAUCCGAAAGACAGAGUGGGCAGUUGCACCAGAAGCUUCUCGAAAGUCGAAUUUUCUCACAAAUCUGAGCACGACUUUUACAUUUACACAGCGGGCGGCGAACGAUGCACCAAAACAGCUUCCAGCUGUUCUGAACUCAGGUGUAUAUCCUGAUGGUCCUCCUGUGCCCGUCCGCUCUACAAAGUUGCUCAAAUUUGUAGACACGUCGGAGGUUGCACGGGGCCCUUAUGAUUUUCCAGGGCAUUGGUUGGUAACAGCUGCUAAGCUGGUGACUGAAGGUGGUAAAAUUGGUUUGCAUGUAAAGUUUGCGCUGUUAGACUUCUCUCAGGAACCCUAGUUCUUCCGUGUGUAUAUAUAUUGAAGAGAUGGUGGUGACUUAUUGUCUUGUGUCGUAGAGCUGUUAGCUUAUCUGUGUAUUCUACAUGAUGAAUCCUACUUUUGUCUAUAAGAACAAUGGGAAGAAGAGAAAAGCACGCUACUUUUCUUUGUAAAGAAGCAGUUCCUGAGGACCAGGGACUGACAGACUGGUUUUAACCGACCAAAUUCCUCUGGGUGAGAGUGUGAUGCGACUGUAUUUGCAACUUGUUCAUCGAGUUAAUGGGAGAAAUUGUAGUUUGAA